GGGAGGAGUCGGGGCGCGAUCUGAGCGUACCCGAAGCAGCAGCAGCAGGAGCGAGCUGCCUGGGAGGGAAGUGAUUAAGGUGGAAGGAAAAGCGAGCUGUGCGCAUCGCGACCUCGCGUGCAGUGGUUGCCUCUGCGUGUGACAGAGCUCGUUUAGUUUGUGUUAUUAAGAUCGGACCAAAAAAAAAAAAAUGCUUUUGAGUAAGGAGCUAGAGAAGAUGAGGGUAGAGGCAUCGCUUGGCCACCAGGUGGCGACGGGAAGCCAGGAAGACCUGUAUUCGAAUUCCACGUCUAAUCACGCUACAUAACCAGCUGGGUGACUUCUGCACAACUUCUUAACCUCUCGUCGCUCCAGGCAGCCAAGAGAAAGCGCUAACUUGCAUUGCAAAGAUGGAAUUUCCUUACCCAAGAGUUCCCUAUCCCAAUGAAAUCGAAGGUUGCAUCACGAAUUUAAGAUGAUAACUGCUUUAGGUGUUCAGGAAGCAGAAAGGAAAUUUGAAGCCUUGUUAAAUCACUUGUCACACCCACCAGCAUUCACAACUGUUAGAGUGAAUACUCAUUUAGCAUCUGUAAAACAUGUGAAAGAUUUGCUGCUUGAAGAAAUAAAUAAGCAAUUUAAUGGCUUAAGUGUUCCAAUUCUUCAGCACCCAGAUGUUCAGGAUGUGUUACUUAUUCCUGUAAUUGGACCCAGGAAAAAUAUAAACAAGCAACCUUCUGAAGUCAUUGUUGGACCCCACUGUGGUAGUGCUGUGCUAAGGGGAGCACAUGUCUACAUUCCAGGAAUCCUGUCUGCUUCAAAAUUUAUGAAAGCUGGAGAUGUUGUCUCUGUUUAUUCUGAUAUUGAAGGAAAAUGUAAAAAAGGAGCCAAAGAAUUUGAUGGAAAAAAAGUAUUUCUUGGAAACGGGAUUUCUGAGCUGAGCCGCAAUGAAAUUUUCAGUUUGACCAGUCCACUGAAGUAUGUUAAAAGAGGCAUAGGUAUACGAAUGACAGAACCAGUGUAUCUCAGCCCUUCAUUUGACAAUGUACUGUCCAGUUCCUUGUUUUUGCAGAAUUUGCCUUCUGCAGUGGUAAGCCAUGUUUUGAAUCCUCACCCAGGAGAGAAAAUUCUGGAUAUGUGUGCAGCACCUGGAGGCAAAACAACCCAUAUUGCAGCAUUAAUGCAUGAUCAGGGUGAAGUAAUAGCACUGGACAAAAUACCCAACAAAGUAGAAAAAAUAAAGCAAAAUGCUGCAUUAUUACAGUUGAACUGUAUCAGGGCCUUCUGCUGUAAUGGGAAAAGGGCACUUGGGAAGGCAGAGCAUGGACAAGGGGGACCACCAUUCUUACCUGAGUCCUUUGAUCGAGUUCUUCUUGAUGCUCCCUGUAGUGGGAUGGGACAGAGACCAAACAUGGCUUAUACUUGGACUCUAAAGGAAGUGACAUCUUAUCAGCCAUUACAAAGAAAACUCUUUGCUGUGGCAGUUCAGCUGCUAAAGCCAGGGGGUGUGCUGGUCUACAGCACGUGUACAGUUGCACUGGCAGAAAAUGAAGAACAGGUCGCUUGGGCUCUCAGGGCUUUUCCAUGUCUCCAGCUUCUGCCUCAGGAACCACAUAUUGGAGGAGAAGGAAUGGUAGGAGCUGGCUUAUCACUUGACCAACUGAAGCAGCUGCAGCGAUUUGAUCCAUCCAUCAUACCAUUAAAGGAUACUGACAUAACCUCUGUUAGAGAUGCCAGGAGAGAAGACAUGAUCUGGUUAGCAAAUAAGGACUGUAUAGGUUUUUUUAUAGCGAAAUUUGUGAAACGUGAAAGCUUUUAGGAAAAGAAUUUUCAGAAGUCAAAAUUCCACCAAGUGUUUGCUGCAUAAAAAUAUUAUUGCUGCGGUGUUGUUAAGCCAGCAGACUGAUAAUAUGGUUGCUAUGGAAGCAGGAAAAUGUGCCAGUUUUUCUUUAAGAACCGAGUCAUAGGUUAAAGAAACCAAAGGGGUAGAGUGAGAUUAUGUUUAUGAAGAAUUCAUUUUUUACUUAUAAUGUUUUAGACUACAAAGAAGAUACCUUCAGAUAUGUGAAAAUAUCUUCUUUGUUGGUCUGUUUUUGUUCAUAAGGAAUGUGGUAUAGUAAAUGUCAGAUUAUAUUUUCUACAGAUUUCCCUUUUAAGUGCAUAUUUAAUGUAUAAAUCACUUGGUUACAUUAAAAAUAUU